GGUCUGUCAUUUAGGCACUACCGCUCAAGUCCUUCCACUACCGCUCACGUCCUUCCUCGCGUGGAUAUAGUGGACAUUACACCCACAGUUUCCUCUCCGCCACAACACUUUAUAUUUAUUUGAACAAUAUAGUUUUUUUCGUUGGAUAUUUUUUAAUUUGAAUUGAAAGCGAUUGCAUUCGCACCAGGAGACAUGAUACUCAGGAGAUGUCUGUACUUGCUGCCGUUACUGUGUGUCUGCCUCGCAGCGCAACCUCAAGAUGGGGAGUUGGACGACGACACCAUUUUCGACCUGUUUGAGAUCAGUCACAUCAACCGCAAGACUCUGGGAGCCAAGCAGUUCCGGGGCCAAGACUCGGACGCGCCGGCGUACCGCUUCAUCCGCUUUGACCAGCUGCCGUCCGUCCACGCUCCCGUGCUGAGACAGCUGCUGCGGCAGGUCCAGAACAACGAGGGCUUCGUGCUGGAGGCCAGCUUGCGGCAAGACCGCGGCUCCCGGGGGACGCUGGUGGGGCUGGAGGACUCCAAAGGUCAACGGCAGUUUGAGAUUGUGUCCAACGGGCGCGCCAACACGCUGGACCUGGUGUACUGGAUGGACGGAUCCCAGAACGUGGUGUCCUUCGAGGACGUGGACCUGUCCGACUCCCAGUGGAAGAACAUCACGCUUCACGUCCACGGGGAGAACGCCCACCUGUUUGUGGGCUGUGGGCUGGUAGACAGCUUCAUCCUGGACGAGCCCUUCUACGAGCACCUGCAGCAGGAGGGCAGCAGGAUGUUCGUGGCCAAGGGCUCCACCCGGGAAAACCACUUCAGGGGUUUGCUGCAGAAUGUGCGUUUCAUCUUUGACACUUCGAUGGACGACAUCUUGAUGGGAAAGGGCUGUGAUGUCACUAAACCAGUCCGUCUCUCCGACCCAGAUGAGGUGAACACGGUGAGCGAGAGCGCUGAGGUGGUGGAUGUCAGUCCUUCCAUCACCACUAACUUCAUUGGUCAGAAGCCGGAGAAGGCGGGGCCGGGGGCGGAGCUAUGCGAGCGCUCCUGUGAGGAGCUGAGCUCCAUGUUCCAGGAACUUAAGGGACUGCGCGUCGUCGUCGGCAACCUGAUUGACGGCCUUCAAAAAGUGACGGAGGAGAAUGUGGUGAUGAAGGACGCUCUGGCCCGGAUGAAGAACUCUAAGGAGAAGAGCAUGUGCUGGCAGGACGGCCGUCUGUUUGAGGACAAGGAGGACUGGGUGGUGGACAGCUGCACCAAGUGCACCUGCCAGGACUCUAAGAUAGUGUGCCACCAGAUGACCUGCCCUGCGGUGGCCUGUUCCAGCCCUUCCUUCAUCGAUGGGGAGUGCUGCCCUAUGUGUCUACCUAAAGACAGUGAGGACGGCUGGUCUCCGUGGUCUGAGUGGACAGAGUGUACGGUCACCUGUGGGACAGGGACGCAGCAGAGGGGCAGGUCAUGUGACGCCACCAGCAACCCCUGCUCCGGCCCGUCUAUACAGACACGCAAGUGCAGCUUGGGAAAAUGUGACAGUCGAGUCCGCCAGGACGGUGGGUGGAGCCUGUGGUCUCCCUGGUCUUCGUGCUCCGUGUCGUGUGGUGAGGGUCAGAUCACCAGGAUCCGCCACUGCAACGCCCCCGUGCCCCAGCUGGGCGGCCGAGACUGUCAGGGGAGCGGCCGGGAGACACAGCGAUGUGAGGCCAAGCCUUGUCCAAUUGACGGUGGUUGGGGACCGUGGUCGCCGUGGGCAACCUGCUCAGCAACCUGUGGGGGCGGGAUUAAGAGUCGGACACGCGUGUGUAACAGCCCCCAGCCCCAGUACGGGGGAAAGCAGUGUCUGGGAGAUGCCAAGGACAGCGACGUCUGCAACAAGAAGGACUGUCCUAUUGACGGCUGUCUGUCUAACCCAUGUUUCGGGGGGGUGGACUGCAGCAGUGCCUCCGAUGGAUCCUGGGAAUGUGGACCAUGCCCUGUUGGUUUCCGUGGCAACGGAACCCAUUGCGAAGACAUCAAUGAGUGUGACAUGGUGUCGGACGUGUGCUACCGGGGGGGUGAAGCCCAGCGCUGUGUGAACACAGACCCAGGCUUCCACUGCCUGUCCUGCCCUCCCAGGUACAAGGGCACCCAGCCCUUCGGCAUGGGAGUGGAGGCUGCCAAGAAGAACAAGCAGGUGUGUGAGCCUGAGAACCCCUGCCAGGAUAAGACCCAUAACUGCCACCGGCACGCAGACUGUGUGUACCUCAGCCACUUCAGCGACCCCAUGUACAAGUGUGACUGUAAGAUCGGCUACGCAGGGGACGGCUUCAUCUGCGGGGAGGACUCCGACCUGGACGGCUGGCCCAAUCACAACCUGGUGUGUGACGCCAAUGCCACCUAUCACUGCAAGAAGGACAACUGCCCCAACCUGCCCAACUCUGGACAGGAAGACUUUGACAAAGACGGGCAAGGGGACGCUUGUGACAAGGACGAUGACAACGACGGCAUCGUAGACGAGAGAGAUAACUGUCCUCUGCUGUACAACCCUCGUCAGUUUGACUUUGACAAGGACGACGUGGGCGACCGCUGUGACAACUGCCCCUACGAGCAUAACCCCGCCCAGAUAGACACGGACCACAAUGGCGAGGGAGACGCCUGCUCUGUGGACAUCGACGGGGACGAGAUUCUGAACGAACAUGACAACUGUCCGUACGUGUACAACCAUGAGCAGAAGGACACGGACAUGGAUGGAGUAGGAGACCAGUGUGACAACUGUCCACUGCUACACAACCCAGACCAGGCGGACAAAGAUAACGACCUGGUGGGGGACCAGUGUGACAACAGCCAGGACAUCGACGAGGACGGCCACCAGAACAACCUGGACAACUGUCCCUACGUUGCCAACUCCAACCAGGCCGACCAUGACAAGGACGGCAAGGGCGACGCCUGUGACUAUGAUGACGACAACGAUGGUAUCCCUGACGAUAAAGAUAACUGCAGACUGGUGCCCAAUGAAGACCAGCUUGACUCUGAUGGAGAUGGCAGGGGCGACGCCUGCAAGGACGACUUUGACAACGACAACAUCCCCGACAUCCUGGACGUGUGCCCUGAGAACAACGCCAUUAGCAUCACGGACUUCAGGAAGUUCCAGAUGGUGCACCUGGACCCCAAGGGAACCACUCAGAUCGACCCCAGCUGGGUGGUGCGGCACCAGGGCAAGGAGCUGGUCCAGACCGCCAACUCAGACCCGGGCAUCGCCGUGGGCUUUGACGAGUUCAACGCGGUGGAUUUCAGCGGCACGUUCUACGUGAACACGGACCGUGACGAUGACUACGCUGGCUUCGUGUUCGGGUACCAGUCCAGCGGCCGCUUCUACGUGGUGAUGUGGAAGCAGAUCACCCAGACCUACUGGGAGGACAAGCCCUCCAAGGCGUUCGGCCUGUCAGGAGUCUCCCUCAAGGUGGUUAACUCCACCACAGGCACCGGGGAGAACCUGAGGAAUGCGUUGUGGCACACAGGGAACACCGCCGGCCAGGUGCGUACUCUCUGGCACGAUCCCAAGAACAUCGGCUGGAAAGACUUCACCGCCUACAGGUGGCACCUCAUACACAGGCCCAAGACGGGCUUCAUCAGGGUGGUGGUGUACGAGGGGAAGCAGAUCCUGGCGGACUCGGGCCCCGUGUAUGACCAGACAUUUGCAGGAGGACGGCUUGGCCUCUUUGUGUUCUCCCAGGAGCUCGUCUUCUUCUCAGACCUCAAGUAUGAAUGCAGAGAUAAGCCGGAGUUUCCAACUGUGUUCAUAUAAAGAUAACUGAGCUGGGUGGACCAUGCUCCUCUGUCUCCUGGAUCUCCACAUCUUAACUCCAUCUUUCAGCCAGACACAGACCUAUCUGCUGUGCUGGAACAGCCAUCAAACAGGUUAGGGUUAGUUGUGUCUGUUCUCCAGGGUUAGGGUUAGCUGUGUCUUCCAGGGUUAGGGUUAGCUGUCUGUCCUCCAGGGUCUUGGAAGACCAGACUUUCCCUUAGAAGUGACAUCACACCUCAGUGGACUAAGAAAAGCCAAAUAACUUAACGCUGUGGUCGACAUUGUAAAAAAUGUUUAAUCCUAUUUUUUCUGUUUUACAUUUUUCAUUUUAGCUCACUUUUCAGACUGUCAGUGUUAGUGAAUACCAAUAUUUGAGUUCUAGGAACAGAUAAGGGACAUGUUCCACACAUUUGACCUAUAACUUAAGGUUGUACCAAAGACCAGUGAUGUGGCUGAUUAUAGACUUGUACUAAAGACCAGUGAUGUGGCUGAUUAUAGACUGGUAUCCGUUCCCAUCAUUCUUAAUGCCUCUGGAAAGUUAUUCAACCCCAAGGCUAUUUCACAGCAACUUACUCUGGGAACAAGAUGUUUAUACUAAGUCUGUAUUAUAAAUUCUUUUUUUGUAAAUUAUUUAUGCUAUUGUUUUUUGUGUUUAUUUUUUUCCUGGUUUGUUUCCCUUUUUGCUCAAGUUUGUAAAUACUUAUUUAUUUGUUUACACUGAUAUAAAACAACUAUUUGAAAUACACCUGAAAUUUGUGCUUAACAAUAUCCAAACUUUGCAUCAUAACUGAAAGAUAGGGUCAGGAUUGAUAUGCAGCACUUUGCAGGCAGUGCUUCUGUCACCAUGAAGUGUUGAAGUGUGGAGUUACUACACACCAUGACCGGAUUAGAUCUAAAAAGUCACAUGAAUGAGUGUUUAUGCUGAGUUAGAGAGUCAUGUUUAGGUUGUGUAGUGUUGUAUGUAGUAGUGUGAGAACGUUUGUCCACAGUGUCACAGGACCAGUGUGAGCCCACAGGCAUACAGAUCUAUUCCUGUAUGUGGAAAGUGUGUUUUCUAUAUAUGGAAGGACUUUAUUGUAAACGUGUCUUUCCUGUAUCAAGGCUGGAUAUUCAUAACGUCCUAUUUCUGGUAUAUGAGGUUGAGAUAACGAUAUCAUCACAACAGGGAAAUGUGGAUUUCAUGGGAUGGUGACGUUGCAGCUGUACAUUUGUAGCACAACUACCCUAUAUUAGAAAAGCUAACUGUAACUAACUGUUGCUCCUUCAAACAAACACAAUAAGCAAACGAUCAUUAAAAAACAAGUUAUCACACAUUUGUUUUAAAAAGAAAUUAUUAAAUGAAAUUAUAUAUAAUGACAACCAACUAAGCAAAUGUUAAUCCACUAACAGGCCUUCUUCCAUUAUGCAUUCAAUUGGCCAAAGUUAGCCCCUUGUCUGUGUCCCUGAGAAAUAAUGACAUACUACCACAACAUGUGCAAAGGGUCUUGGGUAAUGGACAGAAGUCUCAUUCUCCAUCCUAGUUUUUACUCAGAGAACCCGACAGACCCACAAUGCUGUCCCUGAAUUCCAUCACUAAACUGAAAUAACAUCACAUAGUUAAAAACCAAGUUAAUUACAUGGAUCAAGCAAUCAGAAAAGUACGACCGUAUCCGUUAGUAUAGCAGUUGUUGUCCCAAUACAUCAAAAUAUGUUAGCCUGUUCUGUUUUUUGGGGGUUUUGCAAUGCACAAAUGUAAAAUGUUUUGAUAUACAUGAUGCACGUGUUACAUUUUCUACCAACCCUUUUUGUAAGUGGUAAACAUAAAAAAUGUAUCUUGUUUAAUGAAGCAAUCUCAUGUACAUGAUAAGAUUAUGUUCUAUAGGGAAUAAACAUUUUGUACCUUAUCUGUUUGUUUGCAGAAAUGUGGUUCAAAACAGCAGAAUACGAAUCCUGUUUAUUGCCAAGUAGGUUAUAUGAGGAAUUUGCUUCGGUAGAUGGUGGUUAACAUAAUAUGUAGUAAAAAGCAUAAAUAUAAAAUACAAGAGAGGGUACGAUUUCUGGGGAAAUUGUGGUGCAUGAGUCUUUUUUUGUUUGUUUGUUUUUCACGAUAUCACCUACAAACCUAUUGUUUAAACUAAUAUCAAACAUACAAACAUUUGGAGGAUUUUCAUGGGUGUACUUUACUGAUAUUUCUGUAUUUUAUAUAAGUAUGCAUACUUAUUAUAUAAGAAGAUUGCAUAGUUUAAAAAGCAUACAUUUGUUGCGGCUCAUUUACACUUCAGAAUACUGACAGUGAAGUGCAGAAUGAAACGGUGUUCUCUUCUCAUUUCCUUCAGUGCAAGAGGGAAUGGUGAUAGGCUUUGUGGCAGCCUCACAUCUGUCCAAACAGUUGCAUCAAGAACAAUCCUGUGUAAAAAUAGUCCUAACCUAUAUGACUUAAAUUUCCCCUUUUUAAGAAUGUACUCAUAUUCCAUUAAUUCAUUAAUAAAAAUCCACUUUGAAACAA